AUGGAAAAUAGAACACAUUUUUAUUUGAUGUUGUUUGAAAAUAUUGGGUACAUAAGAUAUGCUUUCUUCAGUUUUGGAUUUGUCCUAUUUUUUGCUAUUGUAUUCUUUAAUGCCCUUAUUAUUCUUGUUAUUUUGCUGGAAAGGACAUUGCACCAUCCCAUGUACAUUCUAAUUUCAUGUCUGUCUGUCAACUCUGUAUUUGGAACAGCUGCUUUUUUCCCAAGGUUACUUACAGACUUGCUGUCUGAUACACACGCAGUCUCCCAUGAAGCAUGUAUUUUACAAGCUUUUUUCAUUUAUUCAUAUGCAGCAAAUGAAAAUAUAAUAUUAAUGUUAAUGGCAUUUGACAGAUAUGUCGCAAUCUGUAAACCAUUACAAUACAACAACAUAAUGACCCCCAGGGUUUUGUCUGUAUUAAUAGCUAUAAGCUGGAUUUAUCCAAUGAUUUGUCUUGGUAUUGCUGGUAUAUUAAAUGCUAGACUGAUGAUGUGUGGUAACAAAUUGUGGAAAGUUUAUUGUCACAGCUGGGAAAUUGUCAAGCUUUCUUGUGGAAACACCAUUGCUAAUAAUGUUUUGGGUUUUUUCAAUAUGACCACAACUGUUAUCAUGCCAUUAAAUUUUAUAUUAUAUUCUUAUACAAAAAUUCUUAUAAUCUGUAGAAAAAGCUCACUGGAUUUCAGGAGAAAAGCAUAUCAAACUUGUAUUCCGUACAUAGUGAUCCUUUUAAAUUUUUCAGUUGCUCUUUUUUGCGAGGUCACUUUGAGUCGGUUUGAGACUUUGGAGCUUCCUGUAGGACUGUCAAUCAUUCUUUCACUAGAGUUUCUUAUAGUACCACCCAUCCUGAACCCUCUAGUUUAUGGUUUGAAUUUUCCUGAAAUUCGCAAAAAAUUAUGUGGAUUAUAA